AUGGCAGCGCGGAUGGCAGGGUGUAUGGCAGGGUGCAUGGGGGCAGCUGCUUUGACCUCGCUCAGCUGUAUGCUGCUGUGCGUCCCAGCAGGUGCGUGCUGCCGCCCUUUCUGCCCGUGCAGUGCACUUCCCCUGCCUCCUCUCCACCACAAGUGCCUUCACUCACCCCCUCACUUGUUGCAACUCUUCUCUUUCGUUCCUUCCAGGAAUCUGCCACCCCUUGCCACGAGUCCUGCCGGCCUGCUCCCCUCGCUGAGGACGUACCAGAGCCGGGCUGUGGCGUGGAUGCUGCAGCGCGAGCGCGGCGCGCAGGGUGGUUGCAGCGGGGAAGUUGAGACAGGGGGACGUUGGGGCGGUGGGGAGGGUGGGGAGGGUGGGGAGGGGGGAGCAGUGCAGGGGGGCCAGCGUGGGGGUUGGUGCCAUGCGGAGCAGGAGCAGCAGGGGUGGUGGAGGGCGGAGCAGCACCCGUUGUGGCGGCGGGUGGUAGCAGGCACCGCCAGUGACCCCAUCUCACAGCCCACGCACAGCAGCACCGCCCCUGCCGCCACCCUCCUCUACAACCCCUUCCUAGGCACGUUCGUCCGUCUAUCCCUCGGCGCCUCAUGUGCAAGGCCUGGGAGGCAGCCGCAGGAGGAAGAGGCAUGGAGUUCGGUGAGUCCAAGUUCGGUGAAUCCAGGUUCGGUGAAUCCAGGUUCGGUGAAUCCAGGUCCGGUGAAUCCAGGUUCGGUGAGCCAAGGUCCGGUGAGUGCAGGGUGGGGGAGUGGAGUGUGCGGGUGGGUGGGUGCGGUGGCGGGGGCAGUGAGGGGCGGCAUUGUGGCUGAGGAGAUGGGGCUGGGGAAGACCGUUGAGGUGCUUGCUUGCAUCCUCUCCCACCGCUGGGGUGGCAGUGGGGGCGAGAGGCAGGGAGAGGAGGCAGAGAAAGGGGUGUUGCAGGGAGAGUGGGUGAGAACGGGAAAACGUGGGAGGGAGGAGGUGGAAGAGGAAGAGGUGGUGUGGAAGAAGAGGGAAGUUCUGACGGGUGUACAGGGGGUGGUGGAGAGGAGAGGAGGGUGGGUGCGUGGGGAGAUAGAGGAGGGUGUUGAGGAGAGGAGAAGGAGCAGCAGGAGGCGCAGUGGCAGCAGUGCGGGCAGCAGCAGCGGCAUCAGCUUAUGUACUGCAGGGAGUGGCGCAGAGGCAUUGGCAGUGCAGGAGGCGAGGGGAGGGGCAGAGGCGGCCGGGGGAGGGCAGGCAGAGCAGCAACGAGAGGCGAUGGAGGGGCCUUUGGAGGGCGUGACGUGGUGCAAGGGGCAGCGGACGCGGAGAGAAGAGAUGCGGGGGAAGGGGCGGAUGACGGGCGGUGGGGGUUCUGGUGAUUUUGGGGUUGCGGGAAGAGAGGAGGAGGAGGAGGAUAAGAAGAGCAGGAAGAGGAAGCGAGGGAGAGGGGGUUGUGAUGGGACAGCAGCAGAGAGCAGCAGGGGGCGUGGCGGAGGUGGGCAGGUGGGGGGGAAGGGAGGGAGGGAAGUGGCGGGGGAGGGCAGUGAGGGAUGCGAGUUGCGGGAGUGUGGGAGCACGCUGAUCGUGUGUCCAGCAGCCAUCCUCCCCCAGUGGCAGCAGGAGGCCGUGCGGCACACCCGGCCACACACAGUGGCAGUGCUGGUGUACCGCGGUGUCAACAGCCCCGCUCUGCGCCUCUCCUUCCGCCCCGCCCGUACCUCGCUCUCCCACGCACCCCUCACCGCACCCCCUCAAGCCGUGCCCUUGGAACGGGACCAGUCCCCUUCCACUUUUCUCACCUCGUCCCCUGCCACUCCUCUCACCUCGUCCCCUGCCACUCCUCUCACCUCGUCCCCUGCCACUCCUCUCACCUCGUCCCCUGCCACUCCUCUCACCUCGUCCCCUGCCACUCCUCUCACCUCGUCCCCUGCCUCUCCUCCCGUUGCCUCCCCUGAUUCCCCUCUCACUUUUGAGGCGCCUCAAAAGCCUUCCACUCCGCACACCGCGUCCCCUGCUUCUCCUCCCGUUGCCUCCUCCGAUUCUCCUCUCACUGCAUCGUCUGCUACAGCUGGACGGGUGGGAGAGUGUGGUGGGGGGGAGGGGAUGGCAGGAGAUGGCGGGAGGGGGGGCGGAGGAGAGGAUGGGGAUGGCAAGAGGCGGGUGGAUGGAGGGAUCAGUGAGGGAAAGGGUGGCGAGGGCGGCGAAGGGAAAUGUGGGGAUGACAGCGGAUGGAGGGAUGGGGAGAGAGUGUGUGCAGGAGGCAGGCAAGCAGCGCAGGAGAGGGGAGGACGGCAGGUGAGCGUAGCAUCAGGCGAUGGAGAAACGGGGCCACUGGAAGGAGGGCUGGGCUGGGGAGGAGAUGGGGGGGAGAGAGACCGAGGGGUGGUUGGCGGUGGGGGGGAAUUGGAGGCGGUGUGGGAGGAGGUGGCUGUGGUGACUGUUGAUGACCUGGCAGCUGCUGACAUUGUGCUGACGUCGUACGACACGCUGCGUGGCGACAUCUGGCACGAUGUGGGUGGGCAGGGGCACGUGGCAACACGGCAGCUGCGAUACGAGAAGAGGUAUCAAAUCCGCCCCACACCUCUCACACAGCUGCACUGGUGGAGGGUGUGUCUGGACGAGGCGCAGCUGGUGGAGGGGGGAACCUCCAGAGCAGCAGUCAUGGCAGCCCGCCUGUCAGCGCGCCUGCGCUGGUGUGUCUCCGGCACGCCGCUGCACCGGGGGCUGCCGGACCUGCUCGGCCUGCUACGGUUCCUCCGAGCCUCGCCGUUUGAUGACCCGCACUGGUGGCGCCACUUCUUCCAGCUUCCCGUUCAGAAUGGAUGCGGGGCAGCAUGGCAAGAGCUCCUCGCCCUCAUGUCGCAGCUGAUGUGGCGCCAUCACAAGGCUGACGUGGCGGACGAGCUGGCGCUGCCACCUCAGCGGCAGCUGCUGACAGUACUACAAUUCAGCGCCAUCGAGGCGCACUUCUACCGCCAGCAGCACGCCAAGCCACUGGGAUCGCAGGGCCGCCCCAUGCACAUGGACGAGGUGCUGCAGGUGAGCUGCGUGCGGCAGGUGAGAUGCGGUGCUGCAGAGAAGGCGCGGGUGGAAGCGGAGGAAGCGCAGCGCCUCCUCAUAUCCGCCCUCAACGGCCUUGCUGCCCUCGCAGCCAUCCACGCGCCCGCCCUCCCCCUCCGCUCCUCCUCUGCGCCCCCCGCCUCUUCCUCCUCCUCACACUCCCGCUCUUCCUCAUUCGACAAGAGCAGCGAGCAGUGGCAGGCGGGGGUGGUGCAGGCGGUGGGGAUCUAUCGUGACGUGCUGCGCCUCAUGGAUGGGGAUGGCCCUGGGGAUGAGGGGGAAAUGAGUCAAGGCGAUGCGGAUGUGGAUGGAGAUGGUGGGGAGGAAGGCAGGGAGAAAGGGUUGUCUGUGGCUCGUCCUCCUGUGCAAGGUGGUGUGCUGCGCACGGACCCUCUGCAACGCCUGCACGUGCUGCACAACCUGCAUGAGCUGCUCGCUUUACUGCACGCCACCAGGAGUGGAGAAGGGACACGAGAGGGUGAGCAGGGGUGCAGUGCGGUGGAGCCCAGUGGCGAUGGAGCAGGGUUGGGUGUGGCGCGGACACUGAGGGAUGAGCGGCUGGAGGCGGAGGGCGGUGAGGUGAAGGAGCGGUACCUGGUACCCUUGAGGGCCCGCGCUGCUGCUGCUCAGAAGGCCUUUGAAGACACACACUCUCAGGCGAGUGGGGGGGAUGGGAACAAAGAAGCACAUGGGAGAAGGACAUGCGAGAAACACAGAGGGAGUGCGGGGGACGAGUGCUGCAUGCACUGCAAGACACAAGAGUUCUUUGAGAGCUACCAGCGUCGCCUCUUCCACCUGCGCCUCUCCUCCACCGCUCCCUCCCUCCCCGCCUCCUCCCCCUCCGACCACCCUCACCCUCCCAACCCCCCCUCCUCGCCCCACGACCCCCUCCACGUGCUCCACUCCACCCUUGGCGUGCGCCGCACCCCACUCACUGGAGCAACAGCAGGAGGGCAGGGUGGCAGGGGGAGGGGCAGCAGGGGUGAGGGGAGUGGUGGGGCAGGCAAUGUAGGGGAGAAAGGGGGGAUGGUGGUGUGGAACCCGUCUGACACCGAGAGGUGUCUUGCUGUGCUGGCGUCUGUGCUGCGAUCACUGCCACGUGGCAUCAUCCCAGAGGACGAGCAAGCCAGCCUGGCAGCUGCGGCGUCCAGCUCUUUAGAGGCUCUGGAGGCCAUGCGGAAGGAGUUCCUCGUGGCGCGGGCGUGGUCGGAGGCGCAGAGGGGAGUGCUGCGAGCGCUGGACGAGCUGCACAUGGCCGUCACGCGAAUCACGCUGCGCCACGUGGACGAACCCCCAUCCGCCACGUCAGCAGCAGCAGCGCGCAUGGCGCGCGUGAGUGAGGAGGAGGUGGCGGCGCUGAGCGUGGUGCUGACGCACGACAGGCUGGCAGCUGCCGGCCAGCUGCAGAUCAGCCGCGCCCAGCUGAGUGAGCUGUCGGUGCUGCCGUGCGGCCAUCUGCUGUGCUGCAAGUGCACAUGUUUACUGGUAGAGAGGUCCCCCCAAGCCACCUCCACUGCCAGCGGUGGCACCAUGAGGGAGCGGCGCAUGCGGUGCCCCACGUGCCGCCACGUGGCAAGGGCAUCUGAGAUUGCCUACGUGGACAACCGCAGGGACCACCAUGGGUACCCCGCUGCUGCCCUGCAGGCGGACGCGAAUGAGAGCACAGGUGCUGAGAGAUUGGAUGCGGUUGGAAGUGGCCAGCAACGUUAUGGUCCCUGCCGUUGCGGUUCAACAGUAUCAUCGGCAUCACCAGAAGCAGGGGGGGCGCUGUUAGAAGUCAGCUUGGAGGCACGUGGUUGCUACUGUCGCAGUAACAGCAGUGGUGGGGGCGGUGCAGGGAGGGAGGGGGAGGAGCAGGAGUUGCCAUAUGAAGUGCGCAUGCAGGAGGAGCACAUGAGCCUUCACACAGGGUUCGGCACCAAGGUAAAAAAGAUUUGGUUCAGGUGUUUCGUACUAAGUCACUGUUGCUGUUUUUAG